AUGUCCAUGACGCUUAUAAAUUUUUUUCUCCAGUCCAGCUCAACGGGUUCCGUCUCCUUACUGACUAGAUGUCAGGUGCUGUCGCAAGCCAUUUGGCUUUCUAAAUUAGUUGGCUGGACAAGCUCCGUCCAAGGUGUCGCAGGCCAAGAUCUUGCCUUCACUGUUGAUCAGUUGGCAGUAAGACUUGCUACCGAUGCUCGUUUUCUGCUAGGCGACAUCGAGGAGUGUAUCGAUGGACAGUUAAGACAACGACUUUCCACUUCGACGCUGCGAACCGACUGCCUAAAUUUUGCCUUACUCAAUCAAGCAGCCUCUACGUCACAGGUGCUGAUGAUUCUGCUUCAUCUUGCCAAGGACUGUUUGAAUGAAUGUGAAUGGCUGCUUGUUCGGCGCAUUUCUUUUUCCUUUCACUUUGGCAACGAUUCCGGUGAGAUGCGAUAA